UGGUGCGUAUGCAUGAGAGUGUACACUCCAUGCAAGUUAAUCUAAUCACGCGUGGGGUUGUGCAUGAGUGAGAGAGUGUGUGCGGGACACGUGGACAAGCGGCGAUUUGUGCGUGUUUGCACUUGUCGGUUAUUAUAUGUAUAUAGAUGGAACCUUAACUCAGACGAUAUCCCAAUCUCAUCGAGUUGAUUCUCAAUUAUUAAACCUUAAAUUGAAUUAAAGUUAUGGCGGACAACGUGUUUGGGGCUCCAAUCAACGACGAGUUCAUAAAGGGAUUGCCGGACGCUCCGAAGGUGAUAACGCCGGAGGUGAGGGCGCAGUACGCCAUGGACUACAUCAACGACGGCGGCAAGAACUUCGACGCUCAGACCUACGUCGAGAACCUCAAAGACCAGUACGGCAUCGGAGACUCCUGCCUCGCCACGUUUUACAAUGCCACCGGAGGCACCAUCUCCUACGUCACCGACCACGACUACCACGGCCACAUCGGCCCCUCCCCUUACCCCUCCAGGCUGGAAAACGGCCAGUGGGGCGCCUUUCUCCAUGUCCAUCACACCGCGACGCCCACUGGAUCCUCCGCCGCCGCCGUCUACAACGGCAAAAACGCUGACGGAGAGGGCCGCGACUGGUUGAUGGCUUGGUCCAUUCCUUUCAUGGGAGAUAACAGGACCUAUUCUGAGGUGCGUGGUGUUGAUCACUACACUGAAGAUGUUUGGGAAGUAAUUUUUGACAAAAUGUCUAACUCUGGACGCAUAACGGAAGACACUUGGGGCAAAUGCUCCUCACGGGCGACUAUUGGCGAGCAUACUUCACCAAAAUUUUCUGCAACAUUCACACUGGAAAAUAUUACAUUCCAAAACUAAUUGGUAGUAAUACUUGCAUUUUAGCAAGUAGUAACUAUCAAUAGUUAUUGUAUUAGCAUAAAUAAUCGUGUGAUGUUUAGCGAAAUAAUCAUAAUAAUCAAUAAUGCUACUUUAUAUGUAGCUUAUGUAAUGAAUAAAAUUUGAAGUUAAUUA